GCGGCAGGUGGCGGCGUGGCGCUGGUGUGAGAGAGUAAGUGGCGCCACCUGACACACUGGCGCCUCUCACACCCUCACUCUCACACCAUGUCAGUUGUCUAGUGAUCAUUAUAGGGUGAGGUUACGUCACCUCCCUUCUCCCUGACUGACUGGAAGCUCCGGCUCUCCCUAGUGUCUUAACCAGCUCUCACUUCCCACUCGGUUAUUGAUGCCGCCUUAUAAUAUACAGAAGCGAGAUUCAGUGAAGCUUCAGAACGUUACCGAAAUGGAGGCGGAAGGUCUACGAAGUAAUCUCUCCCACCAGGAGUUGAUAACAGAGGUUGAAGUCAGAGUGCAAGUCAGGCCCAUUGGUACUUCAGCAGUUCCUACUGGAUGUUAUAGUGUUACUAGAGUACAAUGGGUCACCGUUGCUAUACUGUGUUUCGUCAACCUCAUCAACUAUAUGGACAGAUUUACAAUAGCAGGUACAGUUUGUGAAAUAGAACACCACGGUGAACAAUUUCACCAAGACAUUUAUAUAGAGAUAUAUCAGGAAAACCUGCCUGUCAGUUUGAUGGGUUGACAGCUACUGCUGGACACUACUGCAGGAGAACGAUACUGAACAUAAGUGAUAGUCUGGAAAUUGUAAUGUGUAUGUGUGUGUGAUUAAGUCGGAAUAAACAGAAAGAUGAACGC